GAUGUCCUAAAUUCUGGAACAUUCGAUGUCGAUCAGUAAGCAACAGCCCGACGUUUCAUUAUUCCAAUAUUAAGCAGUGAAAUAGGCGUGUUUGUUGAUCAUCAGUUGAGAACUAUUAACCUUGCAAUCAUGCGUGUUAAUUGGAUGAUUCUUUUAUGCGCAACAGUUGCGAAUGCGCAGAAUUUCAACGGCGGCGACUCCACUUGGUACUGCGGUAUCCUGGCCAAUGAAAACUGCAGCAUUCACAUCGCCGAGCCCAGAUGUGGAACGGACCUCAUCACAUACACAAACAUGUGUGCACUAGGACAGGCUCACUGCAAGGAUACCACUGUAAAUCAGUUGCACAUGGGUCCAUGCGGAGAUGGCGGUACCACGACCAGAAGCCCUGAACAGAUUGUGCACGGAAGCGAGCUUGUACUGGAUUUCCAAUGCGCUGUGUUGGGUCACAGAGGAUGUGAGCCAGCCAUAAACGAGAAGAUAUGUGGUACGGACGGGAUCACAUACCAGAACUUCUGCGAGUACGAGAAGGCAAGGUGCAUGCACAGGGAACUUCACGUGGCGAAAUUGGGAGAUUGCAGCGCCUAAACCGGAUUGUCAUUACUAUCUCUGUAGUGGCUAAGAAUUCAAAUUCAGAAAAACAGUCAAUUGAUUGAUGAAUAAAAACCUUGUAUUUUUAGAUCAUCAAAACCACAAA